AUGACGUCAGCGGAAACAAACGAAAACUUCUCCGAAACCACUUUGUUGCAUGUUUCCCCAGUGACAGAUUUGAUUAUACAAAAGUCAAAGCCAAAAGAUAAAUUGCAUGAACCUAAAAAGAAGAGAAAGGUGUGUGGUGUGGCAAGCACGAUCUACAAACCCUUCCAGCAAUCAUUAAGUAGCCUUGACUUGACUAGUGUGCUGUCGCCACAGUUUGAAAAUCUCAACAAUCAACCUGGAUUUAUGAGAAUAUGGGAAGAUGAACAAAGUGAGCCUCCAAUUUUAGUAGACUCGGCCUUUGGAAAGGUGCCAAAAGGCUGUGUCAUAAGCUAUCAACAGCCAUUGAAAGUUAAGAGCAAUAUUAACAUACAGCUACCUGCAUUCAACUUUCCAUCUUUAAGCUAUCCAGAUACAGUGCUCAAUGAAAAACAAGACCUUUUCUUCAGCUCCCUUGCAAUAUCAGGUCAACAGUCUAUUGACUUUGAAAUGGAGACAAGGGAACAGUCAACUACAACAGCAUGGCAUGAACUAAGGAAGUUUAGGCUUACAGCUUCAAAUUUCAAAGAUAUAUGCUCAAGAAGAAAAGACCAUGAAAUCCUUUCUACGCGUUUACUAAAGGGAAAAGUAAUCCAAACUGCAGCCAUGAAAUAUGGGAUACAAAAUGAGGGGGUAGCUGCUGAUAUGUACAAAACACAGUUUGGCAGAGACACUCACCUAGUAGGUUUUCUUAUAAACCCAUGUCUCCCACACCUAGGCUGUAGCCCAGACAGAAGAGUGUUUGACGACACUGAACAACAUCCAUGGGGCCUGAUAGAAAUAAAGUGCUCUCCAGCAAGUCAUCUGGAUAACCUUCAGUAUUUAAAGUUUAAUGAACGAAAUGGGUCAUAUUCAUUGAAGAAGACACACAAGUAUUAUUAUCAAGUUAUGGGAUGCCUUGGUUUAACAGGAAGUCAGUGGUGCGAUUUCUUUGUUUACUGCAAGGACGAAUUUCACUGUGAACGAGUAUAUUUUGAUGAACUUCUCUUUUCUGAAAUGCUGGACAAACUGAAUUUAUUUUUUUUGAUUAUCACCUGAAUACAUGUGUUCAAUAAUUUAUUGUAUGUCUCUUAUACAAAAUAACUUCGUGCCUAAGUAACAAGCUAAUUGUGUGUGACAAAGUUUGGUGGGAAGUGGAGUAAAGACAUUUGAAUCAGCAUUCUUAAAAUGUUAAAAUGUAACAAGUCAAACCUAAUUAGACUCAGAACUUGUUCUAGUAAUUAUCAUUACACAGCUGUUUGCAGAAAUUAUUGCCACAACUUUAAAAACAUUGGGUUCAUGAUUGGUAAUUUAAUAGUUUUUGUAUUUUUUCCAAAAAUACAAUACUUAUGAUAAUUCAGUUUCAUUUAAGCCUAUAUGUCUGUAAUAUAUUGUAAGCGCCAUAAUUUUUACAAACAGCUGUACAUAUUUCAUUGUUUAUCAUGCAUUCAAAUACUGUGACUAAGUUGGGUGUAUUUCAAGCCAUUUAAUAGUUUUUUACUGUUAUUAAACAGAACAUUCUGUACAAACAUGAUAAAUAAAAAUACAUGAAUGACUUCAACAGGUUUUGUAUUUAAACCCCAAAAGGGCAUUUUUAUAAUAUUUGGCAAUAAUGAAAUUUGUGAAUAAAUGUAAAGUUAUUAAAUUCAUAAUUUUUUUUUCCAAAAAGCUAGUUUGAAAGCUUGCAUUGAAUCUGUAAAACAAAAAUAGUACUAACAAUAUAAUUUUUACUGAUUUUACUGUUUAUUUUAAUGCCUAACCAAUAUGCCAUGUACAUACGAAAAGGGUGCCCCUAGGGGAUAGGGCCACCCUACUAUUCACCCUUCCACAUCACAUGUUAACAGAUGGCAUAGUUCUUACCUAGGUUGGACCUAAUACGUAGUGUACCCUCACUCAAUGUCAACUAACUCUUAGUUGUUAAAAGUUGUUAGUACUAUUUGUAUUACAGAUCCUUACAUACUUUACUUUAAAUGAUGCUUACUCUUCCAUCUAUUUUACAACAAUUGUAUACAUAUUUAGAUAUAUUGCUUUUCAUGCAACAAAGGCCCCUGGAAAUUGGUAAUAAGACAUGCCACUGUCCAUAUUUGAUUAAUGCUGCCAGCUACUGUAAGAGGUAUAACUUUAUCAAAAUAGUGAAACUCUUUCACCCUUCUUAUGGCCCUUUCCACAUGGACUCUUAAAUUAUGUAUCUGUUUACUGGUUGAAAGUUCUUUCUUUGAAAAUUGACCCUUACUUGACAAAAAGGCAGGCAUUGCUACUCCACAACCUAUUGGCUUUAAUAGAUCCUCUAUAGUAAAUCCUUUAUCAGCCAUUAUUUGAUCACCUGGCUCAAGUAAAUUCAACAAACCUGAUUGCUUAACAAGCUCCUUGUCAGAAAUACUUCCUUCAAAAAGAGAACUUACAUGAAUAAUUUCCCCAGAUGGAGAUAUUACAACAUUGCCUUUGUAAGUUGUGUGGCUCUUAUAUGAUGAAUAGCAAUUGCUAUUCAAAACCAUACUAGAUGGUGCUUGUACCUUGAUCUCUGAGGCAUCAAUAAUACCACGGCAUUUAGGAUAUAACAAUUUAAAACACUUAGGCAUAUGUUUGUCAAUUUUUGCCCGAGAGGGCCAUAUAGGAAUGGUUCCCAAAACAAAAUAGAGAAAGUUAACCCAAGAAAUAAAAACUCUACUCACAGUUGAAAUAGAAAUAUCAAAUUCACUGGCUAGUUUCUCAUUAAAAGUACCCAGCCUCAGCUUAGUAAUGCAUAAAUAAAACUGAUCAAAUAAGCUAAGUUUGCAUGUCUUGAGAGUGUCUCUCAUGUUACUUAUAUCUUUCCCACUUUUUGCUCGUGCUCUCUGUACUUGGGACCAUGAAAACAUACUUUCAGCUGUGGGUCUAAGGGCAUUGAAGGUACUCACAAAAAUAGCAAAUGACGAAAAGCCAGUAUGGAAUCUAACGCGUUUGUCUGACAUCCCUUUCAGUUGUCUGUAAAAAGAUUGUUUUGAAAGCAGCUGUUCUAAUUGUUCGAUACGAGCUUGCGCUGCCUCAAGUAGCUCUUCUACAGGCUUUUCGGGUUCAGUAAAUAAAUAAUCAUGUAGGUUGACAGUAGGUGUUAUGAUUGUGGUGUCAGUAGUUACGGUGGAGUCCUCCAUGUGGCUGCUAGUAUCGAUGACAUUUUCGUCUACGCUUGAAUCUUCGAUGGGCCCAAUUUCGACUGUGGGAAUGUAGAAAAUAACAUGUUUAGAAAUAUUUAGGGCGGGCCUAAAGUACGAUUUCAUAAAAAAUAAAUACCUGUAGAGGAGAUUGGCUGUAUAUUAUCCACGACAUCAAUCUCGGUUGUGUUAGUACGUGUUGUGCAUUCGCGUUUCGUUGGUGACUUUCGUUUCUUUGAUAAAGUUGUCCAUUCAAAAACGGAUGGUACAGCACCAUUAACGAGUACACUUUUUCCUGUUAGCGUUUUUUUUAUAUCUGUGGGUUUAAAAUGAUCAGAGCAAACUCUUGUACUGUUGGUUAUCUGAAAGAUAUCGGAAAAAAUAUAAGGUUUGCUAUAUAAACAACGCUGAAACGACGCUAAACUGAACUAUGAUAUAUAAAAGGCCAUUUACCUUGAAGGACCGGCCGACAUCACGCUUAAUUUUUAUAAUCCACUGUCUUCUUAAGUCUUUGUCUUUCGGGAAUUGAUGAAAGGUUAUAUUAGACUGCACUUUUGAUCUAUUGUUAUUGCACUUAGGAACACAACAGUGAUCUUUGUUCCGCAUGAUCGCUCGAGUGUUCAGUGUGUCAAGAACCACGCGUGACCUCGUUUUCAUGCCAAAAAGCAUUACGUCAUUUUCAAGAUGGCGAUAC